CCAUCGCUCGCUCGCUGGCAGCCAAAGCUCUCGCCGCCGCCGGCGCUCCCCUCUCCGCAGUUCCCGCACCUGAUUGGCCGCUCCUCGUCUCCGCGGACGGCGAUGGCGCCGGGUUCCAAGAAGAAGAAGAAGAAGGGCGUGAAGGGGAGCCCAAUGGACAAGCUAACCGACGACAUCCUCACCGACAUAAUCUCGCGCGUGCCCUACAAGUCCACCUGCUGCUGCAAGUGCGUCUCCACGCGCUGGCGCGGCCUCUUCUGGCACCCCGACCACCGCAAGAAGCUGCCCCAGCCCCUCGCCGGCUUCUUCCACGAAGGCUUCAACAUGAACCGGUCACCUAUGAGAGCUCGAUAUUUCACCAACGUUUCAGGGAAAGGCUUUGCUCUCGUCGACCCUUCACUACCCUUCCUGCCCAAAUACGAGAAAGUUGACCUUUUGGACUGCUGCAAUGGCCUCCUCCUCUGCCGUUGUUGGAAGGAAACUGAUCCCAAGACAUUGGAUUAUGUGGUGUGCAAUCCUGCCACCGAAAAAUGGGUUCUUGUGCCUGCAACCAAUUGGUCCAGCAAGGCAGCGAUCGCUUGCCUCGGGUUCGAGCCGACGGUCUCCUCUCACUUCCAUGUGUUCGAGUUCAUUGAUGAAGAGGCCUGGGGUUUUGAUGAGUCUGAGCAAUGCGAAUGUGAUGGACGCAUUGAAACACUGGCGAUAUACUCGUCUAAAGCUGGAGUUUGGAAGCAUCAUAGCCUGGACAACUAUAUGUUUGCAGUACCCGAUAAUGCAAAAAGUGUUUUCUUUAACGGGAUCCUGCAUUUGGCUACCACUUAUAAUUUUAUACUAGCUGUUGACGUGGAAGGAAAUGAUUGGUGGCAGAUUGAUACUAGUAUUCCUACGCCACCACACAUUGAGGAUGCUCGUGACGAUGCAAUUUUUGUAUCGCAGAGGCAGUUGUAUAUCACAGACAAAAUUGCUGGUUCUGAUUGUUCUGACCUAUCAGUAUGGGCCCUUGAGGACUACAAUAGUGAAACCUGGACCUUGAAGCACAAAGUCAGCAAAUUGGAGCUGUUUGGAGCACGGUAUUCAUCAUUUGCAAAUAAUUUCAAUGUCAUCUCAUUCCACCCGGAACACAAUAUGAUUUUCAUAGUUGGUGGGCACGAGAACACACUAAUGUCAUAUGACAUGGAUCUCAGAAAGCUGUGUAUUCUAUGCCAACUUGGACAGGAUUGUCAAAUUGCGUAUGGCAGGACUCCUUAUCUUCCAUAUGUUCCAUUAUUCUCGGAGGCGUUGGCAGAUGGGUAAGAAAUAUCUUAAUUGUGUAGUGCAGCUUCGCAAUUGUCCAUCUUUCUAAUGAUAUUGGACUAUUGGAGUUAUGUCUUGAGUACCAGCAGUAGUGAGUUGGGUACAUCUCUAUGAAGUUGUGAUGGUCUGGUGUGUGAGUGUUCUCAUGGACCUGACUUUAUGUGGUUAGCUAUUCAGUCAACUCUUGUGUUUCUGUACUUGUGUAUUCAUGGCUGUUAGCACCCCAUGCGUUUGUAACACCCUAGUACUUUAGUGAUGGAUAUUGUAAUCGUUUUGUUAACACAUGAUUAAUGUCUUCAAUACAU